AUGGCGAUGAUCCUGGGCUUGAUGGAUGGUUUGCUUGAAGGUGGAGAACGAAUCGAGCUUCAGGCCACACUUGCGACGACAAAACCACGGGACGAGCUUCGCACGAUGCCGAGGUUUUCAACGGCUUUCAGAAGCUGCUUGGUAGACCUUCGGACGGAGCAUCGUCGGCUCCGACGCAUUUUGUACGCCGCGAAGUGGGUGAGGGGGCAGAUUGAGAAAGAGAUGAAGCGAAUCAAGUACAUUACGGAGUACAGAAUUGUGCCGAGCGAAGAGUGCGCUCCGCAGAAUGUUUUCAUGAGCGGAACCAUCUGUCCCCCGACAGUCAUACGGCCGAGAGCAACCGGAGGAUUCACAGCAGUACCCUCGUUAUGCGAGAUCAUCAUCAUUAUGAUUCACAAUAAGUACCUAAGAAAGAAAGUGAUAUUGAUCUUCCCCGAGGAUGAGAUUUAUGACUCUUUUGCAGUGCCUAUGUGCUGCACACCUAGAGUACAGUUUGCGAGGUCCAAGUUCCUGCUGGAUGACACAUGGCGUGACGCUAGAGCGCGUAUCGCUACCCGCACCACGGGGAGGAGAAAUGGUCCAUCGCAAAAUGCCUCUCUUUCUGGUUUACCCCGGCAGGGCGGUGUGUUCACCGCGCUAAGAGGAACCAAACGUCUAGUGGAUAGGGCAAUGCUGAUCAACGUGUAG